CUAAUCCCAACACCAUGGCAUCAGCAGCAAGCCAAUCAUGGGCAUCCAGGUUUCUCAACCACCCUGCAGGACCCAAGACUAUUCACUUUUGGGCUCCUGCUAUGAAAUGGGGUCUUGUUAUUGCAGGUCUUGGUGACCUCCAACGGCCAGCAGACAAGCUCAGCUUGACACAGACCACUGCUCUUGCGGCUACUGGCAUUAUCUGGUCCAGGUACUCUCUAGUUAUUAUCCCAAAGAACUACAAUCUGUUUUCAGUAAAUGUUUUUGUUGGAGCGAUUGGAUGUUAUCAAUUAUUCCGGAUCUGGCAAUACAAUCAAGGACUCAAGGCUGCUGGAUCUACGUAGCUUUUGGCGUUUAAGGCAUCCAGAAUAAUGCCUUGCUGUUAAUUCAGAGUUUAACAAAUAAACAUUUUGAUCAUGAGCGCAUGAUUGUCGGAGCAA